CCUUGGUCACCGGGUAGAAUGAGAUUCUGGGGCCCGUCCUUAGAUUCUGAUUCGGGAGACUUAAUUAUGCAUCUAACAAUAGUUAUUAAGCGCUUAACGUAUACAAGGCAAUAUGCGUCCUAGGGAUUUAGCAUUGAACAAAACACGUCCGCGGAGAACUGACGUUCUACUGGGGGAAGAUCUGGGGUUAGGUUGAGAAAUCGGCAUGGUUUGAGCACCUCAGGUGAUUCUUUUGCAGAUGGUCGCCAGGUCUGGGCUUAGACUACAAAGCAGAACAAAACACUGCCCUAGUAGGUUCACCCACCUGCAGACAUGGGACGCAGAAAGUCAAAACGGAAGCCACCCCCCAAGAAGAAGAUGACGGGCACCCUGGAGACCCAGUUCACCUGCCCCUUCUGCAACCACGAGAAAUCUUGUGACGUGAAAAUGGACCGUGCCCGCAACACUGGAGUCAUCUCUUGUACUGUGUGCCUAGAGGAAUUCCAGACACCCAUCACAUAUCUGUCAGAACCAGUGGAUGUGUACAGCGAUUGGAUAGACGCCUGCGAGGCGGCCAAUCAGUAGCAAUGCAGAAGACCCGCCCCCUGGGCAGCCCCGCCUGCCGUGGACCCACCUGCUGGGUACUAGUCCAGAGACAUUCCAGGGGUCUGGGGUGUGGGUCCAGGGCUGUCACAGCCCUCCGUGUGUGUGGAAUGCGUGUUAGCUUGAGCGUGUGUGGCUGCUGGGGUGACCAUCGGUGUGCGCAUAUGAAUACGGGGUGGAGUUGAAGGGAUGAGGGGUCUGAGGGGCCUGAACUGGCCUUACUUGGCUCCAAAAGCCUUUGGUUAACUCCCUUCUCCAGCCCCUGCACACCCCGCCCCUAGCUGUUGGGCCCUGGCUCCUGCCAGGGGGACUGGGGGCAGUUUGCCGUCAUCUGGGCAAGGGAAGUCUGAGAGAGGCUGGAGUGGGCCCUCUCCAGCCUCCUUUCCCACCUCACCAGCACCUUGUCCAUUUGAAUUGGACUUCCUGCCCUCCUUCCCUACCUCCCAAUUCCUGUGGCCUGCUAUUCAAAGCCACCGUUCUCCAGGUCCCUUGGCCGGGCCUUGGCAGAGAGCUGGCUUCCCCAAGCUAACCGGGAAGCCCCGUUUUGUGGUUGGUGGCUUUUGUAGAGAAGGCAGGGGUAGGGCUGAGGACAGCUGUCAGUCACAAGUCCUUAAAUAAAGCAGCCAAUGCAGAUU